GUGCUUGUCCGCGUGCUUCGUGACCUGGGCUUCGCUGAAGCAGAUCGCACCAAAGCCUGUGACCGGAAAUUCACCUGGUGCAACAGCCAGGGGCUGGUGACGAAUCUUCGCCUCGUAGGCGCUGGCCUGACGGGACAGCUGUCGGGCGAGCUGGGAAGCUUGGAGGCCUUGGAGUAUCUUGGGCUCAGUGACAAUCAGCUGAGCGGCCAAAUUCCAAAGGAACUGAGAAAGUUGGCACAUUUGGAGCAACUGGAUCUCUCCAACAAUCAGUUGGAGGGAGCGAUCCCUGCAGAACUUGGAGACUUGAAGGCUUUGACCCUUCUAACCCUGGCAUCGAACCAGCUGACUGGCGAAAUUCCCAGGGAGUUGGGGCAACUCUCCGAGCUCCGGAGCCUGAGUUUCGCGGAAAAUCGUCUCAGCGGCCAGGUCCCCAAGGACUUGGGCUGCCUGAAGUCCUUGAACUUUCUGCGCCUCAAUGGGAACCAACUCACUGGAGAAAUCCCGGCAGAACUGGGUGGAGCCGAGAGUUUGCACGAACUCAUGCUGAACGGCAAUCAGAUGACUGGAGAGAUCCCGGCAGAACUGGCGGAGCUGAAGUCCCUGGUCAUCCUGGCCCUAUGGUCCAACCACUUCAGUGGAGGCCUUCCGCCAGGGCUGGGGAAGCUGCCCCGCCUGGCCAAGCUGGACCUUGCGAAAAACCGCCUGAGUGGGCCAAUUCCCAAGGAACUGGGGCAGCUACCAAGAUUGCAACAACUCUACCUGGACAGCAACCAGCUGAGUGGCGAAAUUCCCCCAGAGUUUGGAAAUCUCAAGCAGUUGAAACGUCUUUCCCUAGGACAAAAUCGGCUGACCGGCCACAUUCCAGCUGAAAUCGGGCAGCUGAAGCAUCUCCAAUGGCUGAAUCUCUGUCAAAACCGCUUGGCGGGUCCAUUUCCGCCCAGCUUAACCAACCUCUCAACGAGGUUAAGAUGGCUGCACCUGGAUGUGAAUCGCCUGGCUGGCGUCCUUCCGCCCGAGCUGGGCAACAUGCGGCGCCUGCAAAUCUUGGACCUGGGGCACAAUCAAUUCGUGGGAGGAUUGACUCAGGUGAAUUGGACCCAACUGAAAAAAUUGCGAAGCUUCAGUGUCGGCUUCAACUACCUCUCGGGAGAGUUGCCAGAACUCCCAGUGCCACACCUGCAGCAGCUGGAUUUGAGUCAUAAUCGCCUAAUUGGAUCCUUGGAGCCAUUGGUGAAAUCCUUUUGCACUUCACCUACUUCACCUGGAGGAAUCUUGCGGGAGAUUCACCUGAACCACAACCACUUGACGGGUAAAUUGCCAGCAUGUUUCAUGCAAUUCGCCAAUUUGAAGCGCUUAUCUCUGAACAACAACCGAUUGGAAGGUGAAAUUCCAGCCGUCAAAGCUGCGAACUUGGUGAUUCUGACCCUGCAUCACAACGAACUCUCAGGGAACUUGCCCGUCUCUCUCCAAGAUUUGAAGCAUCUGGCCGUUUUUACGGUCCACGAGAAUUUCUUGGACGGUUCUGUGACGGCUCUGAAGCUCACGGCACCGUGCGUUGAUAACAACAAGCUGACCUUUAGGGGCAUGGGAUGUGGGGUGUUAAGUUUGAUCAAGAAACCUGCCAACUUCACCUGCAAGACUUGGGAAGGGCCUGGCCAACAAGGUGCACAUUUGACUUCAGCGGAACGAGUACUGGUGGAAGAGAACUGCCCGGAGCUAUGUAACACUUGCGAGAACUUUGUGGGGCAUAAUUUCAGCUCGAAGGCGACGUUCCAUCACAAUCGGUUUUCCUGCGAACUUCCUCAAAGUAUUCAAAGUGCGAACAGCAGCAGUAUUUUUGCAACAGUCGUCAUGGGCAAUAUGGUGGGCAAUGGUCGAAGGCUGAAUGUGUCAUGGAUUUCUGAGGCAGAGAAUUUCUCCUUUCUGUACUACUCUCCCCGGAUUUGGUGGAACCACACCACGGUCAUGGUUUCGAUCCUGGCGUUAAGCUGCUGUGCUCUGGUCUUCCAGACCUGCCUCCGGAGACGACUAGGUAAGUCAGCACGCAGCUUGCAACUCUUGGAGACUUCCCGAGUGGCUGCCUCCAAUUUCGCCUUGCUGAAAGUCACAGUGGCGACAAUCCUCGUGUCGUGCCCGUUGUUCAUAUUCUUUGCGCUGGGCUCAGGUUACUGCCAAUGUUGUGCGCCGUUGUCUCAGCUCACUGCGGCAAAUCUUGCGAAAGAGCAACCCUGGACGGAAGGUGGUGUCGUGAUCACGUGGUGUUUUAUGAUGCUGCUCUUCCGAAUGGUGCAUGGCAGCAUGCCACAUGCCACCCAAGGUGAAGUGGUGCCACUGAGCUUCAGAGAACUACAACUGCAAAUUCUCGCAUGGCUUCUGUGGAUUUUCAUUGUGACCAUUCUGUCUUUGCCAUCGAUUCUCUUCGCAGUAGCACAGGCCUUGCCUGCGAACAACACUGCGGGCCUCAAUGAGCAAAUGUUGAGCAAUUUUCACCGCCUUGCGCCAUUUUUGAUCGUUGCCAUCGACCAAAUCCUAGCGCAUCCUUUGUCAACCAGCUAUGCUGCGCGGACGGGCAUCGAAGCGGAUCGACUGUUAAUGGCCUUUCGCUUAUUCUCGGCCUGGCUCUUGUCCAUCUUAACCACUGUGGUGCUCCAUGAGAAUUGCCUGGGCGGAUGGAAGCUCUUCUGGCUCGUGUGCAAAGAAGGCUCCGUGGAACAUGAAUCCUUUCGCUGGCAGAUCUGGAGUGAAGUGAUUCUGGAUCCGCAAAAGGACAUGUGCCAAUUCAGUGAUAAAUGGUGGGCUGACGGGCGCUGUACCAGGAGCAUCGUGGACGGUUUGACUCCAUUGCUGCUGAAGAAACUCCUCGUCCGUACAGUGGUGCAACCUCUGAUUUAUCUGCUUCUCUUCUACAUCUCCCGCUUGGAUCCACCUUCGAAGCCAGAGAAGGGACAACAGCUACGUUUCUGUGGUCUAUCGGUGACCGGCUCCUUGAUGCCCUUGCGACAAACUGCUCUGUUGACGACCUUUAUGGAGACCUUGUUCUUCUGGAGUCCCCUGGUUCCUUUGCUGAGCCUUGCGAUUCUGGGCGCCACCUUAGUGAAUCACUUUCUCUUCGACUUUGCCGUGUGGCAUUUCCAGGUGCACGUGCCGUCGGAUGCCAUGAAUCGAAGUGCCUUCCUCUCCAGGUCUUAUUUGACUUUGUCACUGGCACUGAGUUGUGGUUUCCAGCUUUGGCAUGCCUUUGGCACCAAGAUGCAGGGACGCUACGUGCUGCUGCUGGUGAUUUGUUGCCUCAACGGACCUUGGUCCAAAUGUCUGCCCUUCAAAUCGGCCCAGUUCUUGUGGUCCCAUCUAGAUCGUGUGGAAUCAGCGCGUGCCUCGCUAUUUGGAAGUGGCAUCGAACUGGCCAACUCUUGAGCCAGCGCCUGCUCCAGCAGCAACUGACCAGUACACGGACAGCUUCAGCAAGGUUGAUGCGAUCGUGAUCUUUGUCCCCAUCGUCGUUGUGUGGAUCGCAUUCCUGGAGUGGGAUUCCAAGCAGCCUUCGGCUGAUGACGUCACUGGCUAUGGCUACCUUGGGAAGACCAUUGAUGGGCCUACCGAGGACAAGCCUGCCUACUUCCGCCGCAGCCCUGAGAACGGCUAGAUGGUGGGCGUGGCAGCUCUUUUAACUUGACUGAUGAAAAGCGCGUUGCUUCAAUCCAGUC